GUUCUGUGAUGAUGAUGAUGAUGAUGGUGACAAUAAUAAGGAAUAUCAAUGUAAUUUCCUGCUGGAUCUGUACUCACAUGUGAAGGACUAUGAGACUCAAACAGGCAGGAGUGUCCUUCCAGCAUUACAGCCAGUUUACCAGUCAGCUCCUGCAGUCUGGUCCAUAGACCUCUCAGAGAGAAAGGCCUCCCUCCUCCUAGAAGUGCUGAAACUCCAACCAGAGAAGAAACCAGUAGAGCUGAAGGACUGGUCAGAUGAAGAGAGUGAAGUGAGGAGUUUCCUUCAGUGUCUGUCCUACAUCUCACAGCUGCGCUGUGAUGAUGACAGGUUCUUCCAGACUGUGUGUGAAUCCAUCCCUGUGAGGUCCAGAGAGGAGGACCAGCAGUUGGCCUCUCUCCUCCAGGCCUUGGGCUCCACCCUGUCACUGGGAGGAGAGUUACCCAGGAAAAUCUGCAGGUCUGUGGGGAGAGUCCUGGGUCUCUGUGCCUCCAGAGUGGACCUCACUCUCACCCCCAGCAAGAUCUCUCUCAAAGGAGCUGCACUUCUUUUGAGACAUGAGUCAAAGCUCCACAAGCUCAGGCUGAGUGUGGGUAUGGCAGUGAAACUGUCCAGACUGGUUAGGAGGACAGGGAGAGGUGCUACUCCACUGACUGUCCCAGAACUCUCCCUGGUCCUAAAGAGCAGCCAUCUACCAGAGAGAGUGUUAUCCAGAGCUCUGAGUAGUGUGGCGUCCCUGCUGAGACUCUGGAGGGUUCAGUGUCUGGACCUGACUGAUUUCUGGAUCCAGGGUCACUCUCUCAUCACACUGCUGUGUCACCAGGGACCUCUCUCUCUCAGACUGAACUCAGACACUCUGCAGCAGCUGACUGUAGUUGUGUAUGAAGCUCAGGACAAGGACUUGACUCAGUGGUUCCUGGAGAAGGUUGGUGGAGACCUGACCUCCUGCAGGCUGGACUGGGAAGUGCUUCUCUCUCUGCUGCAGCAUUCAACCCACAACAUCACUGUGGACCUCAGGAAGAACAGGCUUCUAGAGAAGAACAUCUCAGAUCUUCUCCCCUUUCUGGGAAGGAUUACUCUCAAGAGGUCCAGUUCCAGCUUUGUAAAGUCCACCAUCAGACAGAUCUAUGACAGAGCCAGUGACUGUGUGUCCAGUUUGUUGAGGUCUUCAGACCAUUGGAUCAACCUGAACAGCAGAGAGCUGGACAGAGUGGACUGUACUGCUCUGUGUUUUACCCUGCAGCACAGCCACCAAGUCAAAGUCAACCUGCUGUGGACCUCCAUACCACCGGGGGAGAUAGAGAGCAUCCUGCCUCUUCUGGACAGAGUCUCCCAACUCAGUGUUGACAGGAAGUUACUGUUGAGUUUCCUCCAGUGCUGUGCUGCCUCUCAGGUCCAGGAGGGGGCACCAUCACCACCAAUAGCAGUAUGGCUGCUCAGGUCUCUGCACUACAGGCUGGACUUCUCCUGCUCCUCCUCUGUGGACCUGUCAGCUCAGGACCAGGAGAAGGCUCUGUGUCUGACCACUGACCACUGCAGGGCCAUCAACUCUGUUCUGAAGCAGAACCAACACAGCACCCAGCUGGUCCAGAACCAGGUCCAGCUCAUCCUAAGAGACUGUGAGGUGGAGGACAGAGCACUGAGGGAGCUGCUUCCCAUCCUGCAUAUCGUCAAGCUGAGCCCCAGCAAAGCUCUGCUACUUCAGCUGCUGGACCUUGUGUGUGAGGGGAUUGAAGAGGGGCUGCUGAGGCACACAGAGUCCCUGUGGAGAGCCCUGGAUGGGGAGCUGGACCUCAGUGAGACCAGGCUGGACCAGAAGGCCUGUGGAUCUCUGGCCCUGGUUCUGGAACACUCAGAGGGUCUGUCAGAACUGGACCUCAGCCACUGUCAACUCACAGACCACCACCUACAGCCCCUGAUCACACACCUGCAUAAAGUACAAGUCCUGGACCUGAGCCACAAUGACAUCACCGAUGCUCUGACUGACAGAAUACUCCAACUGGUCUCUACUAACACUUCAAUACACACCGUACGACUCUUCAACAACAGAAUCCAGGACAGAAGACCCUUCUUGACAGACAAGAGGUUUGACAUCUGGUGAAACAACAUCAGGUCUUAGUCCAGGAAGAGAAGGCUGAAUUCAGGACAGAAGACCCUUCCUGACAGACAAGAUAAUGUUGUAUAAUAACACUAUAAUGUGGAACAUAAACUGAUGGAACAUUUUAAUACAAAAGACACACAACAAACUGGUUGUUCCAGCUGGAACAGUCCGAUCAUUUAUAAACUAUAGUCAACAGACUCAUUAAAGAGAUUCUCUGCUACUUUUUGUGUACUUUAUAGCCAGUAGUGCUGAUAGUAACACUCACAAGACAAAAGUGGUCCCCGAAAAUGUUGUACAUCACAUAUGUGCACCACGUCAUUGCUCUCUCUCUCUGCUGUGGCCCGCCCUGCAACCUCAUUGGAUAACCCUGGGCUGGCUUCUUGCUAGCUGUCACUCAAAUACGAGGGGCUGAAGCUCAUUAGAUAGAACUCUAAUUGCCCAUGUGGAGGGAAAUGGAGGGAAAAUUGCGCGGCACAGCUUCAACAAAAGUUGCUUUCCAACUUGGGAUUUUUGUGUCUUUUUGAUGUAAGACAGUGAUUAUGUAUGAAUUAGCUACAUAUUGAAACAUCCAGCCCAAAGUGUGAGAUUAAAAAUAAAAAAACAUGUUCUUAUUCGCUAAAGUACCGGAGCAUCUCUUUAAGAUCCUUGUACCUCCAUUUGUUGUAAAUAUUAGAGGUAAAUAUGUAUUCCAUUUGAUCUAACUGUAGCCUAUGACAUUUGUUUUGUGCAUAUAAUUGUAUUAAUGUAACGAUAAUGUACCGAUAAUGUAACACCGAUGCAAUGAUAAUGUUAUGAUAAUGCACCGAUAAUGUACCGAUAACGCAACGGCAAUGAUAAUGAGAUGAUAAUGUGCCGGUAACGUUGUGAUAAUGUACCGUCAAUACAACGAUAAUGUGAUAAUAAUAAAAUGAUAAUGUCCCGAUAAUGUAACGGUAAUGUAGUGAUAAUGCAGUGAUUGUAACUUUAAUAACUCUAACUCAUGUACUUAUUAUCUCAAUUACCUCAACUAAGCACACAUUUACUCUGUACCGGUAACCCCUGUAUUUUGCCUCUCUAUUGUUAUUUACUGCUGCUCUUUAAU